AUGUCCCGCCUCCCCUACCCCGACUACCACACCCCGCACGCCAAAUCCCAUCCCACCCUCAACAUCACCAAACUGCUGUCCCACAGUGCCACCAUCGUCGACCACUGGACCGCUCUAGGAAAUGUUCAAUUUAAAGACCUAUUUCUCGCAGACCGCGAGGGCGAGCUGGUGAUCAUGCUAACGACAGCCAAUUUCCAAUCGACCUACGAAUGGACCCACCAUGUGCUCGUGGCUUUGAAGGCUGGAGUGACCAGAGCACAGCACCCCGAGGCGUGGUUCAGCCCGAGAGAUAUUGUGCUCCUGACGUUUGUGGAAACCAUCACCCAGCAGCCGGAGGUCGGCGACGAGCUGUGGGAGCGUGUCAGGCAGGAAUUUUCGGGAAGGGAGGUCGUGCAGAUCAUCUCGCUUCAGGUUCGUCUCUUCCGUGUGAGAUGA